UUUUUGUGUGCUUUUUCCAUUGUAUGCUUAAAUUGUAUUGCAUUUGUACUGUUUAAAGUGUGGGUUAAGUUUCCUUUGAAUUUUGCAUUAUGGCAGGUCAAAGCUUUGAGGUCCCACAAGUUAGAGUCAAAUCCCCCCACCCUGUCAGAGAAAGGCAUCCCACAGAGAAGGCCAUGCUCGGUUUUUUGCAGCAGGAAAGCGAACUUACACAAAGGUUUAAAAGGGCUUGGCGAAACUUACCCACCUUAUAUGAGUCAAUUAAGGCUUCUCUUUGCCCAAAGGAAAAAGAAGUUCUUAAACAAGAAUUUUUAAAGGCCUUCAAUGAUGGAAGUGCUAUUGCAGAGGAAAUAAUUUAUGUACUGAACAAAAUUAAUACCCCAGAGUCUUUAGAUAGGGCUAAAGAAAUUUCUUUUUCCCUACAGGAAGAGAGGAGGCGCUACAGCGCGGUUCUAUUUGAACCAGAGCCUAGUUCCUUAUCCAAAGGUGCAGAGGAAAGGGUUCAAGGCUCCCCAUGUGCAAGCCUUAGAUCCAGUCUGCUUAAGCCUCCAUCUAAGGCCGCUAGCCUCAGAUCCAAACAUUCAUCUAGGCAUAGCAGUUCCUCCCAUUCCACACAUUCAUUUCUUAGUACAUCUUCCAAAGCAGCCUAUUACAACAGAGAGGCUGUCCGUUUGGAAAUAAGGAAAGAGGUUUUGGAAGCAGAGGCGUCUGCGGAGAUGGCUAAGCAAGGCCUGGCCUUUGACGAGGAGGAGCUCCUCCUUCAACAGGUCAAAGCCCAGCAGGAACUGCUUCUAGCACAGGCUAGGGCCCAACAGGAAGCUGACUUAGCAAAGGCUAGGGCCCAACAGGAAGCUGACCUAGCACAGGCUAAGGCCCAACAGGAAGCUGACCUAGCACAACAGGAAGCUGACUUAGCACAGGCUAGGGCACAACAGGAAGCUGACUUAGCACAGGUUAGGGCACAACAGGAAGCUGACUUAGCACAGGCUAGGGCACAACAGGAAGCUGACUUAGCACAGGCUAGGGCCCAAAAGGAAGCUGACCUAGCUCAGGCUAAGGCCCAGAGAGAAAUAGAGUUUGCAGUGGCAAAGGCCAAGCAAGAUACGCUACAACGAGACCUAGAUCUGCUCCAAGCAAAAAGAGACACAGCACAAAAGAUAGCCAGGGCUAACGUUUUAGCCAAAGCUCUAUCACAGGAGCUAACGCAAGAAAACCUUAGCCUCCUGCCAUCACAAGAGCCCAUAGCAAAGGUCUCAGCACACCUGCAUCUGGAACCACCUGUAGUGCAGGGUCAUGUUUCUUUUGACCAUCCUGAAGAUUGUCCACCUGUUCCAGUGUUCGCGACUUCAAAGCCAGCCUAUUCUCCCAAAGUGCAGCAAAGUACGGCCGGGAGAGUGCCAUCGUCUCUGUCAGAGUCCAUCCCUGUAAUUAGGACUCAGAGAUACCACCUGUCCACUUGGGAACCAAAGGAUGACAUCUUUCAACAGGAUCCAGAUGUCCCCUCAGAUUGGCAAGGCAUGGCCGGGAGUGAACCACCACAUCCAUCCCUACAUACCAAGCCAACUGUCCCUAGCAGGACGAAAGCUUCAGAGGUGCUGCCUGCCAGCAAUCUUCUGAACCCAGCAUCUCCUACCAUCGUGACGAGACGUGUUCAACCAAAGAACAUUGACUUUGUCACACCACAGCAGACUCCUCAGAUGUACCCCUACACACCAGAUUCACAAUUGGGAUCCCUCCUGCGGAAUCCAAGAAGAGACAUCAGAGACAAAGGGGUCCAGAAAUUCACUGACCGGCCAGAUGACUACCUUCUGUGGAAAAUUACCUUCAAGAGGGCCAUCCGAGAUUUCAAGCUAGAAGCGGAUGAAGAAUUGUCCCUUCUUAUGGCGUGGCUUGGACCCAGCUCAGCCGAGCAAAUAAAGAGACUUUAUGCUGCUCAUGUGGCAGACCCCCAAAGAGCAUUGUCCACAGCGUGGUCUCGCUUGGACCAGCGCUAUGGUGCGAGCACCGAGAUAGAGGCAUCUCUCAUGGAUCGACUCAACAGGUUCCCGUCGCUAAAGAUGAAAGAUUGUAAACAGCUUUGGGACUUCAGUGAUCUUUUGUUAGAGCUAGCUUCAGCCAAAGGAAAUCCAGAGCUGCCAGGAUUGGCAUGUCUGGACCAGCACACGUCGCAGAGUCCCAUUCUCUGCAAACUCCCCUUUCCCCUUCGAGAAGCUUGGGGGAAAGAGGUGUUCAAAUACAAGGAGGCGAAUGCAAAUGUAUACCCGCCCUUCAACCUUUUAGUGGAUUUUGUUACCAAAGCAGCUCGUGAGAGGAAUGACCCUCAAACAGGUCUUCCUGCUUUGUACCAAGGCCUAAAGCCUGAAAAGACCUCCAAAGAAGACAAAGUGCAGGGCAAAGAACUUAAAAGGAACUUGAGUGUCAAGAUGACAGACACUACUCCUCCAGCUUCAGUUCAACCAGUCAACAACAACAGCAUCACCUGUCCCAUUCAUCAACGGCCACACAGCCUAGCUGAAUGUAGAGAGUUCGCGAAGAAGCCUUAUAAAGAACGGCUCCAAAUAGUCCAAAAGGCCAAAGUGUGCUAUAGAUGUUGCGGCUCCACUAUUCACUUCUCCAAAGACUGCAAGGAGAAGGUGAAAUGUCAACACUGUAAUAGCCUCAAGCAUUGCUCCGCAAUGCACAACUUCGACUCUACUCAAUUCAAAGCAAAGUCAAAAUCUUCUAUCAAAGAAGAAACUAAAGAUGACCAAAAGCCUACAGAACCUCAGGUAGCUCUCAAGGCUCCUGCUGUUGCCUGCACCAAGCUAUGCCAAAAUAGCAACAAGCCCAGGAUUUGUCACCCAAUCUGCCUGGCAGAGGUGUAUCCAGACAAGCAGCCGUGGAACAGAAAAAAGGUCUACGUCGCCUUGGAUGCCCAAAGUGAUGCUUCUCUUGCAACCCCAGAGUUCUUUGACAUGUUCGACCUUCACAGCAAGACAGUGGAGUACACCAUAUCCACUUGUUCAGGAAAGAAUAAGAUGUAUGGCAGAGUUGCGACAAAGUUCAAAAUUUCGCCUUUUGGACAAAAGGCCAGUUAUGAACUUCCUGACCUUAUAGAAUGCAGCCUGAUCCCCAGAAACAAAUAUCAAAUAGCCACAAAGGAGGUGGUACAAGCCCAUCCUCAUCUCAAAGGCAUCCAAGAUCUAAUUCCAGCUUUAGACUUGGAAACAGACAUUGUCAUGCUUAUCGGCGCAGAUUGUCCCAUGCUGUUCCGUGUUAGCAACCAGAUUGAAGGUCCUAAGGGAUCCCCCAUAGCUCAGCAGUUGCCUUUACGAUGGACGGUGUUAGGUCCGGUCUGCCUGAACAAGAUGUUCCAGCCUGUCACAAAAAGGCCUUCACUAAUGCAAGGAUGUGCCAGCCACAUUUCAGUUUGUUGCCAGGGAGUAAUGCCUGAUUACUCUUCCAUCUUCGAAGUCACAGAGAGAGAUGAGCAAACAGCCUUCUCUAAAGAUGAACAGAAGUUCCUUGAGAUGAUGAACAACCAAGUCACUCAAGACCCUCAAGGUAAUUGGAUCGCGCCUUUACCUUUCAAGCCAGAAAGACCGUCUCUACCCAACAACAGAGAUGUUGCCCUUCAUCGUCUUCUGUCCUUAAAAAGAAGGAUGUUAAAGGAUCCCAAGGUGAAAACCCAGAUCACCCAGUUUGUGGAAGACCUCUUCAUCAGCAACUACGCUGAACCAGCCAGUGCAUGUGCAGAGGGAGAAGAGCAGUGUUUCCUGCCAUACCACAAAGUGACACAUCCUCAGAAACCCGACAAAGUCCGCAUUGUUUUUGAUGCUAGUGCUNUCAGAUCCGUUCUCUUUUCUCCAUGA